AUGAGUCAUCAUCAUCGGCGAGAUUCCGGCGGAGAUGUAGUUCACGUGAUACCCACGAACAAUCCUCCGCCGGAGAAUUGGUUUCCGAAUCUCGGCGACAGCGCCGUCUGGGCAACGGAAGACGACUACAAUCGCGUCUGGGCCGUGAAUCCCGAUAAUUCCCCCGGCGACAAUGGUCCUCCGAACAAGAAAACGCGAGGCUCUCCGUCGUCUUCCUCCGCCACAACUACUACUACCGCUUCCGCCACCGUCGCGAGCAACCGUACCAAAGCGAUCGGGAAAAUGUUCUUCAAGACGAAGCUCUGCUGCAAAUUCCGUGCGGGGACUUGCCCGUACAUCACGAAUUGCAACUUCGCUCACACGGUGGAGGAGCUUCGUCGCCCGCCGCCGAAUUGGCAGGAGAUUGUGGCGGCUCACGAGGAGGAGAGAUCCGGUACUGGAGGAGCAACUCCCGCGGUUGCUGCUGAGCCGCGGGAGGAGUUUCAGAUCCCGUCUCUGGUGUCGUCGACGGCUGAGAGUGGGAGAUCUUUCAAAGGAAGGCACUGCAAGAAGUUUUACACUGAGGAAGGAUGUCCUUAUGGAGAAAGCUGUACCUUUAUGCACGAUGAGGCUUCGAGGAAUAGAGAAAGCGUUGCGAUUAGCUUAGGACCUGGUGGUUACGGUGCUGGUGGUGGAAAUGGCGGUGGUUCUAGUAGCAACGUGGUAGUUCUUGGUGGUGGUGGUGUUGUUGGUGUUGGGAGUGGAAAUGGAAUUCAAAUUGUAAAGCCUUCAAAUUGGAAGACAAGGAUUUGCAAUAAAUGGGAGAUUACUGGAUAUUGUCCUUUUGGUGCUAAGUGUCAUUUUGCUCAUGGAGCUGCAGAGUUGCAUAGAUUUGGCGGAGGACUCGUAGAAGAAGGAGAAGGUAAAGACGGAGUAUCGCCCAACCCGGAGGUAAAGCAAACAGUAGGAGCAAGCCCGAGAGGACAGUCGUCGGACACAACGACACUUCCAUCUCCGGGAGUUCCUCAUCAAGCAGAGGCCGUUUACAGUAGCGGAAUCGCGUUGCAGCGAGCGUCUAGUGCGGUAACGCAGAAGCCAGGGAUCAGAACUCAUCAGAAGUGGAAAGGACCGGCGAAAAUCAGUCGGAUAUAUGGUGAUUGGAUUGACGAUGUUGAAUGA